CAGAAUAAUAGUAGCUCAUCUAGAAAGUUGUUUCAUUUUGCCUUGCUGAUAAUUAAAAAUUAAAAAAAAAUAUAAUGUUUGCAAUUAUUGGGAAAUCAAAUGGCUAAUUCUUUUUUUGAUUUUGACACUUCCCUAAAGGGAGACUUAGACCUAAAGAAUGGUGCUCCUCUGCUGCCAGAGGAUGAGGAAGGUUAUGAUGAAGAGGAAUAUGAUGCCCUAAAUGAUGAAACUUUUGGUCAAUCAACUUUGGAUGACUGGGAAGAGCAGCAUAAACAGUUUGCAGAAAUUAAAGAGAGCUCUAGGCACAAUGACAAACUUGAAAAUUCAAUUUCGCAGCUUGGCUUAGACGAUUCUUCGGAUGAUGAUGUUUCCAAAGACCUGCUUACAUUUCCUAAGGAUUCAUCUGUGUGGGCGUAUACUCCUAUUCAAAAAAAUGGAGAAUUAUCUUAUCAUCCAAACCCUUCUGCUGUAUUGUCGUCACUACAAAAAGCGUCAAAAUCAUUUAUUGAAAAUCAAACUAACAAUGCAGCUUUUUCCUAUCUGAACCAACAGAGGAACAAUAGCUUGCCAUCUACGGGGUUUCCAAGCACACCUGGAAAAAUAUGCACUGUUGAGGAACUAGAAAAAAACUUAAUUCAAAAUUCCCAACAGGCUAAGCUGCAGAACACCGCGUCCAUAGAAACGAAAGCACAAGAACUAGUGUCGAUACACAAUAGAACAAUACCUCAUACGCCUGUUAUUGCAUCCCAAAAUCAAGCACUACUUAGCAACCUACAUCAUGCUUCACAAAACCAGCAGAGACCUCCUUAUUUACAACUGGCUCAUCAUACACCCUAUCAUCCUCUUCUACAGCAUUCAAACGCUAGGAUGCCUCCUCCCGGACUUCCACCUCUUAAUAUUCCUCCGCCUAAUAUGCGGCUCCCUCCGUCGCUUACCACGCCCCAUCCAAUGCUACCUCCAGGCUUUAGGAUGAUACAGCACCCUCAUUUAAUGCCACCCAAUGGAGUGGCCCGAUCACCUGCAUUUUCACCAUAUACUCAUUCCUUACCAGUUAACCAUCAGUACAACUUCCCGCCUCCUCCCCAUAGUAUAGCUCCGUCUUUAUCCAUUAUUCAAUGCCAAAAUAAAUCAACGGUACCUCGGAUGCAACAAGGUCAAACGCAGCAAUAUUCACCGCAAAGGCCACAACCGCAAUACGGCCAACAGUAUCCGCAGAGAAUGAGACAUGAGGGCGAAAGUCAUAGGCAUAGUCAUGGAGACGGGCAAGACAAUAAUCGAGACGAAUACGCUGGUUUGAUGACUUUAAAAGAUAAGCAAUGGCUGCUAAACAUUCAAUUGUUGCAGCUUAAUACUGGAACUCCCUAUUUUGACGAUUAUUAUUAUACAAUUUCUAAGGAAAGAAAAGCAAAGAGUAAGAAAGAAAACGUAUUUGAUCGAAGUCAAAAGUAUCAAACUAAUGGUAGACUCAGGAGGAACAGCGACAGGCAAGAAAAUAAUAACUUGACGCCAAAAGUAUAUACGCCUUUGCAGUUUGAAAAUUCCCUUGGAAAGUUACAAUGUGGGUCAGUGAUGGCCCCUAGGAAAAUCAUAGAUAUGGAUAUUGUACAGAUGGAUAAAGAGCAAGACGUACCGCUUCCUUCGAAAGAUUCUAGAAAAACUAAACAAUACCUUCUAGAACUAGAAGCACUUUAUUCUUUACUUCUUAAAGCAGAAGAUAUUAAAAAUCCCUUAUUUAUUAGUAACAUGGAAAAGUGGCGAGAGAUUAAGCAAAAGCAAAGAUUAAAGGAGUUGGAACAAGCCACAACCACAGAACAAAAGCAAGAAGUUUUAAGGUGGUUUCAACUAGAAAGCGAGCCGAUUGUGGAAAAUCAAACAGAAUACAUUAUCAAAAUUUGCAAUGGAUUUGUGCAAGAUGAAAAGUUUUCUAGUUUUCUAAACAUUAGGAAAGGAAAAAUGCUUUUACUAAGACUAUUACCGCACCUGUCGGUAGAUUAUUUUAGUAGUCAACUCUUGGAUAUUUGGAGUAGAGUGCUGUUAAGUUUACCACUAAUAGGCCGCAGAGAUACGGCCGGUGACAAUAUUUUGCCAAAACUGUACCCCUAUUUUGCGAGAUUUGUACAAACAUGCACAAUGUCAGACAUCAUAGAUAUGAUUUCUGGACUGAUGGAAGUGGUGAAACCAGAGAACAACAGAAGCACGCCGCUAAGUCAUGUAGGAAAAGCGCCACUUUAUUUUGUCGUUCUUAAUAAGUUUGGUGUUUCUGCUUUAAUCUGCCUUCUAGUGCGAGCAGAACAGAUUUUCUCAACAGUCGACCCGACCGAAAACCAAUUAAAUCGAUGGACGGAAUUCCUUUCUGCAUGGGCGACCCAUAGCGACAGUGUCAGCAAAGUAGCUGUUCCGCUCACGGCCAUACCUCUUGAUGUAUUUAAGAGGCAUGUUGAUAGAUUUAAUAAUCAACUGACUCAUGACAAGUGUAUGACGCUAAAAAAGUUUUAUGUAGAUAUUAAUAUUGUUAACUGACAUGAUAGAUGAUUGGAAUCCUUUUGUUCUUUUUUAAGCGUCCAACUGCUAAGAAACAAAGUGAGGCUGGGACUGAAAUCUUAGAAUUUAUAAGAAUCAAAAUUUAAAAAAAAACUGUGGACUUUACAUAACAUCUAUUAAAAAUUUAUAUCGGUUUAAUUUAAAAAAAAUAUUCAAACAAGUUUUUCCUAUAUAAUAACAUUUCCUCUGAGAGUUCCAUGAGUCAAAUCUGCUUUACAUUUCAGUUUAGAGAUGUUCCCAGAUAUUUAACGCAAUAUUUUUAUUUCUGAACGAAAAAAUUAGACCAUUUCUGAAUUUUCCUGUUAUUAUAUAUAAGACAGUAUAUUCCUAGGAUGUCUUACGCCAAAAUUUCUAAAUUUGGUUGUUAGAAAAAAUUUUACAUUUUAACUGGUAUGUUAAAUACCCUAUUUUAAAUGCACAGCUAUUUUAAUUUGAUCCAUUACCAAAAAAAUUCAAACAUUUUAUGUGAUAUAUACGUCCUUACAUUUUUAUCUCGAUCCAAAAUUUUAUAUGAAUUUAUCUUAAUAACAAUUAAUAGUUUAUCUUAAUGUUUAGUUGACUAAUGUAUAAUUUUAUAUUAUCUAAAAGUUUUAUUAAAUUAUUGAAAUAUGUGAUUUUGCGGCUGCUAGCUAAUUUAUAUAUACUGAAUAUUAUAGUAGUUUUAACUCUCUCCUUAUAAGAAUAGAGAGUAUUUUUAUAACAAUAUUUAUAUAUGUAUAAUAUUUUUUUUAACAACUUGUCACUUUCUUUAACUAAUAUUUCACGUAACUAUGAAGUUAAAUUCACUUUAACAAGUGUUUUUUGAACCAUCUAGCAUGGGAUGAUAAUAUCUUAGACUACAGGCUGUAAUAAUUAACAUUCUACUGUUUAAACAUGCACAAUAGAACAUACACUACCGGACAAAAGUGGAGAAACAAAGUGUCUUUUGUAUUUAUUUUUAUAUUAGUGUAUUUGAUCAUUAAUUUUUUAUUUUUAUUAAAUAUAAUUUUGUUUCUAGUCUUCAGUACCUCAAUAAAAAAUUUAAAAAAAAAAACAAGUGACAACUAAUAUAUUUUAUUCUUGUUUUUACAGGGGACAAAAGUGGAGAAACACUAUUUUUAUUUAUUUUUUAUACACAAUGUAUUAGUUAGUUGUACAUACAAAGACUAAUAAUGUGUAGCAAAACCCUUAUUUUUUAUAACUUCAGCACACCGACUUCACAUAGAGUUCAUUAGGCUGUCAAUAUAAUCUGCUGAAAUGGAAUUCCACUCCUCUUAAAGAGCUGUGAACAAAUCAUCCUUGUUUCUAAAUUUAUAAUUAUUUUUUUGUCUGAUUUUCCUAUCUAAAUGGUCCCAUAGGAUUUCUAUCGGGUUUAGAUCCGGACUUUGUGCGGGCCAUUUCAUAAGGGGCACAUUGUUGUCUUCAAACCAUUUCUUUACUACUUUUGCGGUAUGCUUCGGAUCGUUAUCCUGCUGAAAUGACCAUCGAAGCGGCAUAUUUUCUUCUGCGUAUGGAAGCAUAUGAUCCUGAAGAAUUCUUAAAAAUUGAAAUUGUCCAUUUUUCCUUCAACUUUUCUUAAUGGUCCUCUCCUGAUCCGGAAAAGCAACCCCAAAUCAUGAUAUUGCCUCCUCCAUGUUUCACAGUUGCCCUAAUGUACUUUGGAUUAAGUCUAGUAUUGGCAGGACGACGAACCCAUUUCAUACCAUCAGAUCCGAAUAGGCAGAACUUACUUUCAUCAGAAAAUAGAACCGUUUUCCACUUUUGGGUUGUCGAAUCAAGAUGUUCCUGUGCAAAUUGGAGUCUAGCCAAUCUAUUCUUUUUAGAAAUGAAUGGUUUUUUGGCUGGACGACGGCUAUAAAGUCCAAAUUCAGUCAAACGACGACGAAUAGUACGCACAGAUACCGAAACCCCAGGUAUUUCAUUAUACAUUUCUGUGGCGGGCAUAAAGGGAUGUUCUGUUGCCAACAUUUUUAUUUUUCUCUUAAUAACUUUAUUCGUUUUCCUUGGCCGUCCAUACCUUGGACGGGUAGUCACACUAUUAUAAUUAUUUUUUAAAAACAGCAAUAGUUUUUGAAACUACGGAUCUAUUACGAUUAUUUUACCUAGCAAUUUUACUUUGUUUUACACCAGCUUGAAAUUUUGAAACAAUUAAUUUUCGGAGAUCAAUACUCAGAUCUAUUCCGCGAGGCAUUUUGCACAAAUCGUAUAUAACAGUUUAACACUCAACUAAUGAUCACUUUAAAUACCAAAUAAGAUUUGUUUGGAAUGUUUAUUCACUUUUGUCCGCCUAAAAUAGCAUAAAUAAUUUUUUAAUCAACUAAUAAGGUAAAUACAAACAAGAAGGAUGUGUUUUUAUACUGCAAUAAUAGAGCUAAAUAUUUUCUACUAAAAAUGUAAAAUAAUAUCUUGUAUGUUAAGAUGUUAUUGUUAAAUUUGUAAAUGUUUCUUCAAUUUUGGCCGGUAGUGUAUGUCAGUAUGCAGAUUUUAAAGUGAUGAUAAUUUUUCUGACCUUCUCCUCUCACUCAUUUAGUUGCAAAUUUUUUUUUAUUUGGGGCGAGAUUAUAACAACUUAUAUAAGUUUCACUUUAUCUAUUAUUUAAUCUUCUCUAGUUAGGAAGUUUAGUAGCCAGUUUUUAAUGCUUUAAUAACAUUAAAAAUUAUUGCAUUAUUAACAAUUUGUUAAACCUCAACAAAAAUCAUCGAACCUUGAAUUUAUUGAACUAUACCUGGAAAUAUAUCUAAUCCUGAAGUCCAUUCCUCAAUAUUUCUAUAGAGUUGAAGCUACUAUUCAGGUAAUGCUUAUUUAAUUUUACCUUUUUACUGGAGUAUUUAAUCAUAUACAUGUUUGAUUAAAAAAAAUAUUUAAAAUAUUAUCGGCGUAAUACAUCUAAAAAGGCAUUUUAUGUUAAUUUUUACAUAAAAUAUAAAUUAAACAAAACCCUAAAAAAAAACAACUUAUUGCGCUUUUUUAGACGCUAGAAAUAUAUAGACGUCGUUAAAACAUCUUCCAAACCGAAUUGCUGAGUAUAGUGCGGCAAAGCUAAAAACCGUGCAAAACUCAAUUUUUUAAGUUUUUAUAAAAUAGAAAAAUUAUAAAAUAUUUGUUUUGAACAUUAAGAUGAAAAAAAAAUAGUCAAUUUUAUUAAUUCUGUUUUUAUAUGAGUCAACACAAACUCAAUUCUAAAGAAAAUGAAUGUUUUGUAAUUAAAAAAUUGAUUUAGCAUAUUAACUGGAAAAAUUUUGUGACUUGUUUUUCUAACUUAUUUGUUUUGGCCAAACAGAAAACUUAGCAACUACAAUUUGAUUUACACUACAUCAGUGUUAAAUAUAUUUUUUUUACAUUGUGAAUUUGUUGAUUGAUCUGUAGAUAAUAAUGAAAAAUGUGAUUUCAUUGUUUUUUUUGUCUGCUUUAUUUGCUAUUUACUAAAGUCUGAUUACACUGAGGCAACGUUUGUUAAAUAAGCAGUUUAUGCAAUGUAUUGCAGUUAUGCGUUCUUUUUGUUUUUGCAACCUUACGUGUAUUUAAUUAAAAAAUCAUAAUAUUGUUACGAUGUUAAAAAAAAAUAUGGAAAGUGGAAACAGGCUUUAGAAGUCCCCGGCCGCGAAAGCAUUUGUUUCAAGUAGUGCGCUAGGGAUGUAAUUCAUUAUAUUAUUUAUAUAAGGUUAUAUAUUUUUUUAUCAUUAGGUAAUUUUAAAAGGAUAUCAGAAAUAUGUUGGAAAGAUAUCGUUAUUUAAAUUGUGCUUUUUUUUAAAAAUAUGUAGUAUCAUAAAAUAUUUAUGUCAGAAAAGAUAUAAAUAAAUUGAAAAUCAGAUUA